AAGAACGCUGCGAUGUCGAUCCAUAAUCGACCUAGUCCAGAACAGGAGUCGAUUGCUUAUCUCCAUGUCUCAGACUAACCUGAAAUGUCAAUUAGGAAUUAAGUCGCUUAGUGUAAUCUAGGCAAGCUUGCUCAAUCUGGCUUUGUCGCCUAAAGUAUCUAGGCACCAUGCAAAACAUACUUUUUCGUUUGGGGUUUCUGGCCUGCUUCUGCUCAAGUGCCUUUUCCGGCGUUACUUAUCCUCCCAUCACAAUCGAUCUGCAGAAUAAGCCACCAGGACACCAAAUAACUGAGUUCCGCACAUUGACCAUUUUAAUCGAUACACGAAUUGACGUAAUAAAUAUCAAUGCUGGCGUCGGAUUUUUCCUCAUCCAAGUGCAUUCCUAUAUGGGAAAUAUCACACUAUCCGACGAUUCGGACGCGCAAAUAUCCGGAACGAAUAUCGGACUAAUAUGGAAAGGCAACUCUGAAAAUGUUGCACACUUCUACCUGUUCCGCGAUCAUCUUGCCCUCCUCGACAACAUAACUAUGCUUAUCGCAGUGAGCACUUACUCAAAAUAUGAUCCAGUGCCUGGAGGCUGUAAUCUAUCAUUCGAGACCGAAAUCGCUCCGUAUCAGAAGAUCAGUGAAUCUGAUGAUUUUAUCACGGUAAUCAGUCAGCCGCCUUCACAGUUUGGAAACUUUUGCAAUAGAAGCAACAUUGUAACGCGGAUGUAUUAUCUAUAUCUGUCAGAGCACGACAACAGUACUGAACAGUAUUUCGCAAACAUCCAGAAAAUGAUCAGUGUGGAUGAUAUAGUGAAAUAUGGAACGCUAGUUCCCGAAGGCCUAACAGCCAAUAGAUUCAAGCAGAUGUAUAGCAGAUACGCGGGCACUGGAAGGGUUUUUGCCGCUGUCUCCACACGUCUAGGUAGAAGCGCCGCCUAUGUUCCUGCGGUGUCUUAUGGAUGUGAUGUUGCUGCGUGGGAUGCUGACUGUUCAGGACCAGUGGGUACUCAAUGGAAGAUAGUCACGGCUUUUCUUCUCCUGUGUGGGCUUUUUAUCUGUUUUAGCGGUCACAAAUUUUUCAAGACUGGACUGUUUAUUAUUGCGUAUAUUUUUGGAGCGGUUUUUAUGCUAACCGCGAUUAGCAUUCUUACGCAGUUCGGUGGACAAGGAAAGGAUAUUUUCUCCUUUAUCAGCGGCUUGGCUUUUGCCUUGUUGUGGUUGUUUUUAUGGCGAAAAUUUGGAAUUCCUGUUGUGGCCGUGCAGCUGGCCUUCCUGUUGAACGGCCUGCUGGUUGCUUCAAUUCUAUUCUAUUCCCAGUUAGGGGACAUUUACAUAUUUGCUAACGACGCUACUUUUUGGACGUGUUUUGUUUGCCUGCUACUCGUCACCCAGAUACCUCUGGUGUGUUUGACAUCGCUCUUCUAUAUCAUAGCGUUGAGCCUUUUAGGCUCGUACGCCGUUAUUUUUGGGGUGAAUUACUAUGUUGGUGGCAACUUACCGUAUAUAUUGCUCAAUACUUACCGAAGGAUAACUGUGGCCAACUUUGGAUCGGCUGUGAUUGCGCCACCCUAUCAAACGAUGGAUAUCUGCCAAACGGGGUUAUGGGUGCUGAUUUUUUGCAUUGGAGUCUACGUCCAAACGAGGUCGUCGAUGGGCAGACCCCCAUUUCCCCCUCGUAGAGCUGAUAGAGCUAGGGCGCGUGUGGAUGAAAAUACACCCCUAAUAGAGCCAAGUCAAGAGAUGCCACCUGCGUAUUUUGAGGCUGUGUAUAGUUAGAAUAGGCUUUUAACGUUCUCAACGUUUUUGUGUCAGACUAGAAAUAUAUUUCGAUGGUUUUUA